AAAAGAGAAAUAAAAUUUCGGUGAAUUGCUUCAACAAUGUCUUCAAGUGAAGAAAUCACUUACUCAUCAAGUGAUGAAGCAGAUGAAGCUAUAGAAGAAAUGGUCGACGAAGUAGUUGAUAACUACAUUGACACAAUGGUAAAUCAAAAAGCCAAGAGACGAGCUUAUAUCGAAAGAGAGCGGGAAAGAGGACACAAUCAACUAUGGAACGACUAUUUCAACGAAAGUUCAACAUACCAACCAGAAAUGUUUAGGCGGCGUUUUCGAAUGAACAGGCCAUUGUUCCUUCGCAUUGUCGAACGCCUAAGCACUAAAGUUCCAUACUUUCAGCAAAGAAGAAAUGGUCAUGGAAGGUACGGGCUAUCUGCACUUCAAAAGUGUACGGCAGCUAUACGUAUGCUCGCAUAUGGUCAAUCGGGAGAUAUGUAUGACGAAUAUCUUCGACUUGGUGAAAGUACUGCACGAUUAUGUUUGGAAAAUUUCACUGAUGGGAUAAUACAAUUGUUUGGCGAAGAGUUUCUAAGAAGACCUACAGCGGAGGACCUCGAACGAUUACUCGAUAUAGGAGAGGUACGCGGGUUUCCAGGGAUGAUAGGCAGCAUCGAUUGUAUGCAUUGGGAGUGGAAAAACUGCCCAAGGGCUUGGAGAAGGCAGUACGCACGUGGUUCAGGAAAGCCGACAAUUGUUUUAGAGGCUGUGGCAUCACAAGAUCUUUGGAUAUGGCACGCAUUUUUUGGAUUACCGGGCACCCUCAACGAUAUCAAUGUUCUUGAUCGAUCACCAGUUUUCAAAGACAUUGAAGAAGGCCGAGCACCGAAAGUUAAUUUCAAGGUCAACAACCACACUUAUCGUAUGGCGUACUAUCUUACUGACGGAAUAUAUCCCAAUUGGGCAGCAUUUAUCCAAUCCAUCUCACUUCCUCAAAGUCCAAAAGCAUCACUAUUUGCUGAACAUCAAGAAUCCACCAGAAAAGAUGUUGAACGUGCUUUUGGAGUAUUGCAAUCGAGGUUUGCAAUAGUUAGAAACCCAGCUCUACUAUGGGACAAGAAAAAGAUAGGAAAGAUUAUGAGAACUUGUGUCAUAUUGCACAAUAUGAUAGUAGAGAACGAACGAAGCGGAUACGGUCAAAUUGAUACAUCUGAGUUCGAGACAGGAGAGUCAAGCAGAAGUUCCCAGGUGCAAGGCACAACAAGUUUUAAUAUCGGUAAUAUCACCCGUGUCAUUCGCAAUGAGGUUCGGGAUUCACAAAUACAUGCUCGUUUAAAAGCUGAUUUAGUUGAAAAUAUAUGGCAAAAAUUUGGUAAUGUUGAUGAAUAAUCUUUGUAUGUUGGUCAAUUGUCAAUGUAUUGAAUAAAAACUUAAAAAUAAAAAAUUUAUGUAAUCAAUAAUCAUUGUAUUGUAUUGAAAAAAAACUUUUUA